AUGGCACUUGUUUGUGUUUCUCUGAAGUUUGGGAAUCGUAAACGUCGUCGGUUUGAGGAGUUGAGAGAGAAGCUCUGCCAUCUCUCUAAAACCGAUCCUUUAGGGGAGCUAGAGAAAAGCUACCCUAUCACAAAUUUUAUUACCAAAAAGGAAUAUUUGUUGGUUAUGGAUGACGUAUGGAACGACCAAAACGAAUAUGCAUGGAGAGAAUUGAAAAAUUUGUUAAUGGAUGGAGCUGAAAGAGGGAGUAAGAUUAUCAUCACAAAACGUGAUAGUAGAGUAGCUACCGAGAUCAAAGAUAUGACAAAGUCGAUCACUUUAGAUGUCUUAGAUGAGGACAGUUCUUGGUCAUUGUUUAAAAAAGUGGCAUUUAAGCAAGGCCAAGACUCAAAAUAUCUAGAAGUGGAACAAUUGGGGAAAGAAAUUUUAAAAAAAUGUGGAGGUGUUCCUCUCGUAAUAAGACACAUUGGACGCUUGCUAUCCUCUAAAACUUCUAAAGAAGAGUGGAUGUCCUUCAAUGAUAACGAAAGUUUGGAAGUCACCCAACAAGACAAUCAUAUGACAUCCAUAUUAGAAUUGAGCUACAACAAUCUCCCACCCCAUUUGAAGCAAUGUUUUGCCUAUUCAUCAUUGUUUCCCAAAGGAUACAAAAUAAAAAUAAAUGAAUUGAUUGGACAAUGGAUUGCUCAAGAUUUUAUUGAAUCAUCAUCUGGAAGAAAAUCUUUGGACAAUAUAGGGAAGGACUACUUUGACGAAUUAUGUUCGAGGUUUUUUUAUGAAAAUUUAAGUGGCGACAACAAUUUUGAUGAUUAUGUUCGUAUGCACGAUGUGAUGCGUGAGCUUGCAAAGAAGGUAGCAGGAAAUAAAUAUUAUGCUCGUGGAGAUUCCAACAAUAGUUACGUUGUGAGUGAACAAACUCGCCAUAUUUCAUUUGACUAUAAAAUUGAAUUAUGGAGGGAUGUUCUUUCUAAAUUACUCACGGCUAAAGGACUAAAAACGUUUCUCAUAUUACAUCAUCUCUAUGAGAAGAAAAAUACGGUCGAUAGAGAGACUUUGGAUAAAUUAUUUUCCAGUUUUCCACGUCUACGGGUAUUAGGUCUUCAUGAUUCGAAAAUCAGUACAGUGCCAGAUUCCAUAGAAAAGCUUACAGACCUUCGAUAUCUAGACCUCUCGGAAAAUGAUAUAGAAUCACUCCCAAAUUCCAUCACCAAAUUGCAAAAUUUGCAAACAUUAAAGCUAACAGAAUGUCAUAAGUUAAAGGAAUUGCCGAGGAACACCAAAAAACUCGUAAAUCUCAGGCAUCUUGCUUUUGAUCAUUGUAUUCAAAUAACCCAUAUGCCAGAAGGGAUGGAGAAGUUGACCAGUCUACAAACAAUAACUUUAUUUGUGUUUGACUGCAAAAAGUCCAAUAAGUUAUCGGAAUUGAAUGAGCUCAAUUAUUCGAAAGCAGAGUUAAAAAUCACGGGUUUAGAACAAUUGAGGUCUAUCGACUUUAUCCUACCUGAAGUCGGCUUGGUAAACUUGAAGCACGGUUGGCGAAGUUUAAAACUGGAAUGGGAACUUAGUGGGGGUGAUGAAUAUGAAGGUGAGGGAGAUAAAACAAUAAUGGUAUGCUUAAUACCUCAUCCAUAUCUUGAAUCCUUGAGCAUUAAAGGGUACUGUGGAGUAGGAUUACCCGAAUGGGUGUCCGCCUGGCCGUUCUGGAAGUUGACUCAAAUUGAAAUUGUAAAUUGUCAUAGAUUGCAAUAUCUGCCUUCAAUUGAGCACCUUCAUGCACUCAGCAAUCUACGUUUACAGAACUUAAGAUCUCUCGAGUAUAUAGAUUUUGAUUCUUCGAACUCAUCAUCGUCAGUUUUUUUUCCAUCUCUCAAGUUUAUAUGGUUGCAAGAUCUGCCUAAUUUGGUAGGAUGGGGCCGUGACGAUGCAUAUACAUUGUCAGAUCAGUUGGCUCCAACUUUUCCUCAGCUUUGUUUCCUGGAAAUCUUCGACUGUCCGAAGUUAAUUUCCAUUCCCAAGCUACCUUCCAUUAGAGCAUAUGUCCAUUUAUGUCAUGUUGGUGUUCCGUUGGUGAAGAGGGUAGGUUUAGUACUGUGGCGUUUGGGGCAGCUAAAACUAGAACAAAUUCUGGGUAUGGAACUUUUACCGGAGGAAUUUUACAAAUAUUACGUAACUUUUUAUGAGGAUAUCUCGAUGUCCCCUGGGCUUCGUUGGUUGGAAAUAAUUAAAUGCCCCAAUCUCACGAGUUUACCAACAUGGAUUAACCGUAUCAUUUCUCUUGAAACGCUGCGUAUUAUUAGCUGUCCGAAUUUAAAGUCACUACCUGCGGAAAUUGGAGAACUCCAAUAUUUGCUGGAGCUUCAGAUAAAGGACUGCCCAGAACUUGAAGAGAGAUGCAAGCAGGGAGGAGAGGAUUGGCCUAAAAUUUCUUCCAUCCCCUACAUUACUCUCGGCCAAAUUGCCACUGUCAAUGACACACCAUAUCUUUCAGGUGGGUCAAGCUGAUAAAUGAAUUAUCAGCAAAGGAAAUUAAUAACAGAGAUUUGUAACUCAACACUGGCAAGUUGGCACGUGCAGGAGAAAAGGAAGAAAAGAGAAAUUCAGACAUCUAUAUAUAGAAUGUGUUUUGGGGGAUCAGUCGGGAGAGUGAAAGGAAAGAAAAAAAACAGAGAACAUGGGAGUGUGAGUGGUGGGUGUAAAGGGGACUGGAAUUCUCCAGUUGGUAAGGGGAAAUGGGGAGACUGGAGAGGUUAUGUUUAAAAACUCAAUUCUCCAAGAAUUAAAAUGAAGAAGAAGGCCAGAUCUUGUUACAAAGUGGAGGUAGGCUUAUUAGCUGAACCACUAUA